UCUCGAUUUCUUCUUCUUCCGCCUCUAUAAUCGCACGAAUAAAUAAGUUUUGAACGUCAAGAAAAUAACAAAAUACGCACUUGGAAUAACAAAAUAAACGGAAAACAAUGGCCGAAUUCUCAGUGGAACGCGUAGAGGACAAGCGAACGGUGAACGGGCGCACGGAAUACUACUUGAAAUGGAAGGGCUAUCCGCGCAGCGAGAACACCUGGGAGCCGGUGGAGAAUCUCGACUGUCCGGACCUGAUAGCCAACUUCGAGGAGUCGCUGAAGAACAACAAAAAGGAGACCAAGAAGCGCCUGUCUACCUCCUCCACACCUGACUCCAUUCGCAGCAAGCGCAAGAGCUUCUUGGAGGACGAGACCGAGGAGCAGAAGAAGCUGAUCGGCUUCGAGCGUGGUCUGGAGCCAUCAAAGAUACUGGGCGCUACCGACUCAUCCGGCCACCUGAUGUUCCUGAUGAAGUGGAAGGGCAGCGAUCACGCUGACCUGGUGCCCGCCAAGCUGGCCAACAUACGCUGUCCCCAGGUGGUCAUACAGUUCUAUGAGGAGCGUCUCACCUGGCACACGGGCAGCGGCAACGGCAAUGGGAAUAGCAAUUCCGGCAAUUUAGGAUCCUCCGGCGGCAUGGGCUCCGUCGGCGGCAGUGGGGCUGGCGAUGAUACCGCUCCCGGCAGCGUGGGCACCACCGGUGGCGGCAGCAACGCAGAUGGCGGUGACGAGGAGGAUCCCGAACCGGCCAGUCCCGUUGGCAGCAUUAAUCAGGACGACAGCGCCAAGCCGGACGAGAGCAGCGAGCUGGACAACGGACAGCCGGAUGCAGAUGACUAGUUGAGUGGCAGACACAGAUGACUGUUCCGGCGGGAGUCCGCGGUAGUAUAUACUUAAUCAAUAAGUUGAAAUGUACAAUUUUUUUAAACAUCUACCAUUACUUUUGACCCCAUAAAAGUUGUAUAAGCACAUAA